AUGUGCGUCGGCGCUGGGGAGCGCUGCGAUGGGGUGCCACAGUGCCCUGAUGCCUCGGAUGAGACAGGCUGCUGGAACCCCACGCAGGAGUGUGCACUGCGCUGCGACGCUGCCACCCGCUGCGUCCCCGAGAGCUGGCUGUGUGACGGCCAUGCCGACUGCCUGGACCACGCCGAUGAGCAGGGCUGUGGUGAGACCCUGGGGCUGG